CUCCCGCGGGCGGGGCGGGGCCGGGGCAGCGCUGGUGGCGGCGGCGGGGCCGGUGCGGCCGCCAUGGACCUGCACAUCCUGGAGCACCGGGUGCGGGUGCUGAGCCUGGCCCGCCGCGGGCUCUGGCUCUACACCCACCCGCUGCUCAAGCUGCUCUUCUUACCCCAGCGCUGCAGGUGCAAGUUCUUCAGCCUGACGGAGACCCCCGAGGACUACACCAUCAUGCUGGACGAAGAAGGCUUCAAAGAGCUGCCACCCUCAGAGUUCAUGCAGGUGGCGGAUUCGACAUGGCUGGUGCUCAGCGUUGUCUCCAAUGGCCGGGCCCCCUCUGGCUCCCAGGCCACCGGCGUCACCAAGAUUGCCAGGUCGGUCAUCGCGCCGCUGGCCGAGCACCACGUUUCGGUGCUGAUGCUCUCCACAUACCAGACCGACUUCAUCCUGGUGAGCGCUGGGGAUGAUGGGGACGGGGUCCCUGGUGGCUCUGGCGGGGGUGGGUGGGGACCCUGCUGUCCCCGGGGGUGGCAGUGCCAGCCUGACCCUGCGCCCGGGCAGGUGCGCGAGCGGGACCUGCCGGUGGUGAUCCACACGCUGGCCGGGGAGUUCGACAUCUACAAGGAGGAGAGCGGCGAGUGUGUCCCUGUCACCUGCGACGACAUCAGCAAUGGCUUCCUCAAGCCCAAGCCGUCCGCCAGCCCCACGCUGCACCCGGUGCAGAGCCCCCAGACCCGCUUCUGCAUCCUGACCGUGGCCCCCGACACGCUGCCCGCCAUUGCCACCAUGCUCAUCGACGUCCUCUUCUACUCCCAUAGCCCGCCACGGGAGCCCGGUGCCACCAGCCAGGACCUCGACUCCAUCACCUUCUUCGCCUUCUCCCUCAUCGAGGGCUACAUCUCCAUUGUCAUGGAUGCCGAAACCCAGAAGCGGUUCCCCAGCGACCUGCUGCUGACCAGCUCGACGGGGGAGCUGUGGCGCAUGGUGCGGAUCGGGGGGCAGCCCCUCGGCUUCGACGAGUGUGGCAUUGUGGCGCAGAUCGCGGAGCCGCUGGCCGCCGCCGACAUUUCAGCCUAUUACAUCAGCACCUUCAACUUCGAUCACGCCCUGGUCCCCGAGGAGGGCAUCGCUGAGGUCAUCCAGCUGCUGCAGCAGCGCCAGGACAGUGGCAGAUAGCGGCUGCUGUCCCCGCACCGGGUGGCCCAGGACAGUGGCACGGUGGGGUCCCCUGCUACCCACCCCCCCAUUCAUUAUUUUUCAGUUUCGAGGCUCCUGCAGUGUGGGGCAGAGCCGGGUGCAGCGUCACUCCCUGUCUGCUGGGGACAUGGGCAAUGGUGGCUUCAGGAACCCAGUGGCCUAGUGGAUGUGGGACAGUGUCCUGUGGGAGGGCGAGCUGUCCUGGCCAUGCCACCCUGUGGGGGACGCCAAAGGGCAGCACCUGCCACCCUCUGUCCCCUUGGGAGGGGAGCAGGUGUCCCCAGGGACCUGCUGGUUGGGGGACAUGCCAGAGAGCAGUGAUGUGCCACCAUGGUGCUGGGGUGGCAGCCCGGGGCUGGCAGGGCAUGUCCCCAUGCCCUGUGUGUGUCCCCAUGGGUGAUCCCUUUGAGUGGGGCUGUGAUGCUCUAGGGCCCCCCUGGUCUGGCCUCAUGGGGGGUGAAAAUGUCCCCAGAGCUGUGGGUCCCCCCGCACCCCGAAAAUCUCCCAGGGAGAGAAUGGGGAUGCUGUGGUUCAGCCCCAGCCUGGUGUCACCUCUGGGGUGGCCCUGUGCCCCUGCCUGGGCUGUGGCCUAUUGAGGGGGAGCGACGGUGACCCCCCAACUCCUUCCAAGCUGUAUUUUCACAUAGUUUUUAAUAAGUCAAUAAAAGUUCUAUUAUUUGUA